AUGAAGGCCUCCAUCUUCGCCGGCGCUGUCGCCUACUUCGCUGCCCUCGCUGCUGCCUACACCACUCCGGUUGGCGAGCCCCAGGGAAACCCCUUCCACACUCCCGCCCGUGGUGAGAGCGUUCCCGUUGGAAAGUCGUACACCGUUACUUGGACUCCCACCUCCGAUGGAACCGUGUCGCUGGUCCUCCUCCGUGGCCCGUCGACCAACGUGGUCCCCAUGUACGCCAUCGCCGAGGCCAUCCCCAACACCGGAUCUUACACCUGGACCCCGGCUGCCACGCUCGAGGACGACGUCUCCCACUACGGAAUCCAGCUGAUCCAGGACGCGACCGGUUACUACCAGUACACCGACCAGUUCGGUGUCUCCAACAAGGCGGUCGCUUCGUCGUCCACCCCCGAGGCCGCCCCGGCUUCCACCGCCGCCCCUGAGGAGACGGAGGUCAUCACCCCGGAGUACACCACGUCGGCGCCCGCUGCCGCCGAGCCCACGUACGAGGCUGAGCCCACUGAGGCCGAGGUUGAGGAGGAGAGCAUCUCGUACUCUACCCACUAUGCCACCCUGACUUCUUGCGACUGCACUGAGACCCCCACUAGCUACGCUGUAGUCCCCACUGGAACCGGAUCCCAGGAGGCCGUUAACUCCACCGGAUACAACGUCCCGUCGUCCACCACCCCUCCCACCGCCGAGUACACCGGAGCCGGAUCGCAGCUUAAGGUCGGCGGUGCCCUCGUCGCUGUCGUUGCUGCCAUGGCCUUCACCCUCUUCUAA